AUGAAGGAUGGUGGCAGCGAGGAAAUAAAGGGACCAGUCACCCCCGGGAGCUCCCUCGCGGUAGAUGACGUUCCUUCUCACACACUCUUCCAUUCGGAAAUGUCUGCUUCUGCUUUCGUAGAUACCCCUUUCAGUUCUUAUUUGUCUUCCAAAAUGGCUGCGCCUCAGCCCACAAUCAACGACCUCGCGGCCAAGAUCAGCGAGCUCUCGGCCGAGUUCACGCGCUUCCUGGGCGAGAACAAGAUCCCCCAGCCCACGUUUGCCGCCGACAGUGUGACGAGCUACGACGGCCUCACGUCGGAGGCGUUCCUCCUGCGCCAGAAGCUGCUGGACGCGGCGACGGAUCUCUCGUACCUGGUCUCGGGGCCGAGCGAGAGUAUCUUCAACUACACCCACAACUGCAUGCCCGAUGCCACUGCGCUCAACAUCCUCAACCACUUUGACUUCUGGUCCGUCGUGCCCCUCGAAGGCUCGGCCUCGUACGCCGACAUCGCGAAGCACACCGACCUGCCGGAAGAAGUGGUGCACCGCGUCCUCGAGCACGCCUACACACUGCGCAUCUUCGAGGAGACGGACCCCACCAAGCCCCUGACGACGCGUGUGCGGCACACGGCGCGGUCGGCGGCGCUCGCCAAGAACGGCGGCCUCCGGGCGCUGGUCGCGGCGCUCAUGAACGACGCGGGCCCGCCGAUGACGGUGCUGCACGCGGCGCUCGAGAAGUUCCAGCGCGGGCGGACGGAGCUGAGGGAGGACAUGAGCGAGACGGCGUUCGCGCUGUACCACUCGGGCGCGCUCUGCGGCGGGUACGGCAACUCGUGGGAGCUGCUUGAGAACGACGGCGAGGGCGAGAACAAGGGCUGGCGCCAGAGGAACUUUGUGCAGUUCAUGAACUACAUCAAGGAGAUCUUCCGGCUCGAGGGCCUCGUGAACACCGCCUACGACUGGAAGGCCGCCGGUGACCUCAGCGUCGUUGACCUCGGCGGAUCCGGGGGCCACGACAGCUUCGUGCUGGCCAAGAACUUCCCCAACCUCAAGAUCACGGUGCAGGACCUGCCCAACUGCCAGUCCUCCUUCGACAAGAACAUCCCCGAGGAGCUCAAGGGCCGCGUCGCCUUCCAGGCGCACAGCUUCUUCGAGCCUCAGCCUCUGCAGGCGGACCUGUACAUGAUCAAGCUGAUCCUCCACGACUGGCCCGACGCGGAGUCGGUCAAGAUCCUCCAGGGCUUGAGGCCGGCCCUGCGGCCGGGCGCCAAGGUGCUCUUCAUCGACUACGUCGGGAAGCAGGGCGACGUCGAGGAGAACGCGGCGGCGGCGGCGGCGCUGCCCAAGUCGAUCCAGCAGAUGGGCACCUCGACGGACCUGCGGAUGAUGGCCCUGUUCAGCGCCAAGGAGCGGCCCGUCGACGCGUGGAGGCAGCUGUUCAAGAAGGCGGACGAGAGGUACGAGCUGAAGCGCGUCGAGGCCAACCCGCUGUCGUUCUUUGUCAUUAUCGAGGCCGUCUGGCGCGGUUGA